ACACAUGUUACAUUUGAACUAAGUGCUGUUAGUUUUGGACAUUUACCUUUUACAUUUUAUAUACUUUAUUAGUGUGUAUGUUUUUACGUGUUGCUGAACUGGGUACUUCGUAUGUGUUUCUAUACUUACAGAUGUUCAUCUUACCUGGACUUCUCGGCCUCGUCACUUGGGCGACAAUUGUGACAGGUCAGUAUAGCAAUGUGACCAGUCUAGAGAAAGAAUUUUGGGCAUGGAGAAUGAAAGACUCACCCGUGUACGCAACCUACUUAGGAUAUUACGCCUACAACGACCGACUACGAUCAUAUAAUAUGUCGAUUUUCGACACCAGGAAGAGUGAGAUUGAAGAACUUAACAAAAGAUUGCAAGCGGUGUCAACCACAGGUUUUACUGCUACACAAAAGGCUGAUUAUGCCAUCCUCUCGGACACAUUAACAGCAUAUCUAGAGGGACACCAAUGGGCAUUGUACAGUUCUAUCAACCCGUUAAAUUUCUUAGGAGGGAUACAUAUCUACUUCCCGGAGUCAAUGGCAUCGACCAGUACAAGAGGUGACUUUGAGAAUUACAUCGUACGACUACAAGGAAUCCCAAAUCUGAUCCAAGAGGUUAUUGAUACCAUGGCAAAAUCAAUUGAACUGAACAGGACGCUACACCGACAUUCCAUUGAGCCAGUACCAGAUCAAAUCGCACGGAUUCUUGUCAACGUAACAGAAGACUCAUACUUCUAUCGCCCUUUCAAAGGGAAGCUUAACGAUACGGAAUACAUCUCAGCCGAGGAUAAACUGGACUUACAAGCGAGAGCUUCUUCUGCUGUCCAGUCGGUCAUUCACGCCUAUAGUGAUCUAAAGGAUUAUUUUGAAAAUGUCUACAUGGCACACACCAGACCCGGUACAGGAGUCAACACUCUAGCCAACGGGGAGGAAUUCUAUAGGGCCUGUCUUAAGUGGCAUCUGUCGGUGGACAUGUCACCAGAGGAAGUCCAUAAUCUGGGCCUGCAGGAGGUCGAGAGGAUCUACCAAAACAUGUUAAAGGUGAUGAAAAGACAGCAGUUCGACGGAACCGUUAAGGAAUACUUCGCCGCUCUGAAUAACGACUCUAGAUUCGUAUGGGAUGAUGCGGACCGAAUUAUCAAGGAGUAUGAACACAUUAUCCACGAGAGGAUUGCCCCAAAACUGCCGCUAUACUUCAAGGAUAUUCCAGAUAUACCUAUUGUGGUAAAGAGGAUGUCACAUGACGGUCCAGGAGGAUCAUACGGUUCUGCUACAGAGGAAAAUCCUGGGGUCUUCUACGUUAACUUGUUCCGGCCAAGAGAAAACCCUACGUACGACUUCAUGAACCUGGCUUUACACGAGGCAAGCCCCGGGCACCAUCUGCAGCAUAUCGUUGGUCUUAAAGCUGAGUUGCCUGACUUCCGCAGUCAACCAGAAUAUUCCUAUUAUGAUGUUCCCUUCUAUUUCCCUUUUUAUACUGCUUAUGUUGAGGGAUGGGCCUUGUAUGCCGAAUAUCUCGGUGAGGAGAUGGGACUUUAUAAAGACGACUAUGAGUUGAUGGGUCGGUAUAGUGGUGAAAUGUUACGAGCCUGUCGUUUGGUGGUGGAUACGGGCCUCCAUCACUUCAAUUGGGAACAACAAAGAGCUAUUGAGUACAUGUUAAAUUACACCGCCUUUUCAACUGAAGCAAUAACUAUAGAGGUUAACCGGUACAUCACCUGGCCCGGACAGGCAUGUGGAUACAAGGUCGGAGAGAUUCGCAUACGAGAGCUGCGAACCAAGGCGGAAACGGAACUAGGUUCUUUGUUCGACAUCCGUGACUUCCACUCAGUAAUUCUGACGAAUGGUGCUAUGCCACUAAAUGUAUUGGAAACGACCGUCAAUGAUUGGAUCGCGAAAACAAAGUACACCGGUCAAACAACAUCAGCCGCCGCCUUCGUUCUACCAAGGGAGAUCAUCCAAAUUUUUGGUUUACUCACUUUUGUUGUAUUACGAAUUAUAUUCGUUUAAAAUGGUGAUAACGUUAAGAGGGAAAUGUCACCAGAUUGUGAUUAAGCUCAGACAUGUUAAUAUUAAAUCUUCACCAUUGUUUCGUGUGAUUAAGCUCAGAAAUAUUUGUAUUAAAUCUAUACCAAUUUUUUUCGAAGUUAUUUAUAAAGAUAUCUUUUGUAUUUUCACUUAAUCGUUGUAAAAUUUUGUCAAAAUAAGAGGAAUACAAAAUCAAAGUUAAUAUUGAAAAAUGUUUAAAAAAAAAUAGAGUCUAUUUCUGUUUCAGUCCAACCAAACAAGUUGGAUUGGUGUGAUUUAUGCACUACUCCGGCAUGUAGGCAUGAAUGUUUGAGUCACGGGCGGGAUUGUCAUAUGAGAUCAUUAUAGAAAUAAUUGGACAGAAUGAUAUAAAUCACUGCCUUGUCUGUAUUGUAUGCACUGCACAUAUGUUAUCAGACAUUUGUAUGUCGCUGUGAUUAGGCAACACUUGUUAAAGCAUUGAGUGGGAUUUUCGGCAAUCUCACACCUUGUAUUUUUAUCUAAUCUCCGAGUCAGGGAACGAUUGUAUAUAUUCCCUCGUACACCGUACAAUCGGUAUUUCAAUAGAACAUCAAAACAAUAUGUGUACGAUAUACUUUUGAGAAGAAAACCGGUCUGGUGAUAUUUAUAUCCAUUAUUAUUUUUUGUCUUGUAAAUAAUUAUUCUUGUUUUAAAUUCUAUAUCUUUAUAUCUAAUUAGGAACACAAGAAAUAUAUUUUCGUCGUAAUCAGUUGGCGGGAUUGCUGGGAAAUAUAUAUAUGUUCAUCAGGUUUUUUGAUAUGUUAACAUGCUAACGUCUUCAAACGGCGGCCAAGACUUCGCCACCAAAAGAAAGGCACGCUGCAUAGUAAUUUCCGAAGAUAUAAACAUCAGAUAUGUCACAUAAAGAAGUGGCUUUAUUGAUAACUGUGAGUCACAAUUUGCAUUUACAUCAUCAUGAUGCAAGAUGAUAGCAUGCGGUUGAAUUUUCUCAGUUCAAAACCCGUUGAUUUCAUAAUUUUGCUCUAAUUACUCUUUGAUUAAACAACUGAAGUUUCUUUAAAGACUUUGCAUCGCUUAUCUAACUCAUUAUUCAUUUAGUUUGAUUUGUACAUAAUUACCUUAGCUGUAGGUAGAACAUUAAACAAUACAAAACUAACCUGUACCAAUACGUUUUCAAACGGUAUUUAUGCAAAGGUACUCAAUUAUUACAAUCAGUGUCUGUGUACAGUCAUUGUCUUUGAAAAUAUUAGUCAGAUGUAAACAGAAACUGUUCUUAUAAUACAUUGUGCAAAUUUCCAAAUAAUGUCCAUAAAUGUAGGUAUGGAUAAGCCAAAAGGCAAAUGUGAAUUAUUAAACAACAACAACAACAACAAAAACUAAAAAAUAUUUAAACAUACCGACAUGAAAAGGACACCAUAAUUUCUUAAGUCAUGUCAAUUGCGUUAAAACAAAAUAUAGAUAAACACGGCGAUCAUUGUGAAGCGGAAAACAUAACCCAGGCGUCCCGGAAGCGUACGUGUUUCGACGACGACACCAGAAAACACUUUCGUGCUUGUCUGGCUAGCCUCAAAUUUGAACAUGUGCAACUAAGGAACAUAACAUAUACAUGUAGAUGGAAUUUGAAAAUCGGUGGAAUUGCUUUCUGAAAAAUAUCGACAAACUUGAUCUUUACUGCUAUUACCGAAGCUGGAUAAAAACAUGUUUCAUUUUGUGAAAACCUGAUGAUCAAUACGGUCCGAUAGCAACUCAAUCUGAUUAAAAUCAAAUCUUUAUCUGCGCUCCCGUUCCGUAAAUAACACUACGCUUGACAAGUGUAGUUUACGGAACUUGAAAGCGGGGUGUAGUUUACGUACGGGAGUGCAGAUAAAAACAUGAUUUUAAUCAGAUGGAUAACAACUUAAUGUCAACUUUAACUCAGAUAUUUGAGGGUUUUGACCGUCUGGUUAGUAAACAAAUUGCACACACUAUUUACUCAUGUUAUAGUGGCCAUACACGAAGAUGCUCUAAAAUCAUCAUUUGUCUUUUGGACCUUAGAUUAAGUAGCUCUUGGCAUCGAUAUAGCAACCUAAUUACCAGCGAAGCAGAACGAAUAUUGAAAUAUAUCGAUCCCGAAACUUUUAUUUUUAAAAAUGUGGAUUUCUUAAUAUAUGUAUAUAAUAACGCACAAAAGCCAACGGAAGGCAAUUUCUGACUCACGCCUUGAGAGUACCUCGAUCUAUCAAGUGUGUAUGGUCACUUCUAUAAGGCCUCCUUGUAGUAAUGAAAUAGUUGGAAUUGAAAGCAGCUUGGCCCGCAGGGACACCUUAGCAAUAGCAUAACGACUUUCUAUAUCAUCACAGUUUUGGGAGAACAAUUAUGUAAUCGUGUGAUACAUAAAAUUUAACACAUACCUGUAUAGAAAUAUCAUUAAAAGUGCCUAA